ACAUGUUUGGCAACGUAUUCAGUUGCCAUCAAUUCAGAUUGCCUGAAGCCUUAGAUGCAUUCCUCAGUCAGCAACGCCUUCUAGUUUUUAAAUGAAUCUGGUCUGCGUUUACCAUUUUCUGUUUUCUGCCUUCUUAUCUCCUGAAGCCCACAGUGUCUCGUUUAAGGAAGUGGUAAAAGAGCUGGUGUUCUGUGGCGUUCCUCGAUACAAAUCAUUGCACUAUAUUAUUCAGCACGAGUAUAACACUGAGGAAGGGCACAAGGGAAAGAUAUUCAGCGACUAUCUGAUGAACUCCCCUGUUCGAAAGUUUGCAGAAACGCUCGUCAAGAGACACGUACCCGUUUACACAUACCAGUAUAACUACGCCUCAAUCCAUGAUGACGGCGUAUCUUCAUCAGUUCACAGGGAUGUGCCCCACGGCAAGGAUGUCAAGUACGUGUUUGGGGAGCCACUAGUGGACACAACUCUCGCCCAAGAAACCUCUACAGAGAACGACAGAAACAUGAGCCGAUUAAUGAUGCAUCUGUGGAGCAGUUUUGUCAAAUUUGGGCGUCCAACUUUGAACAGUAGCAUAAAUAACGUGAGCAUUGUGCUUGAGACGGAUUCUGGGUUGGCCUUUGACCUACAAAACAGCUCAUUCCUGACUCUGGGCGGACUGGAUACACCAACAGUUCAACUUUCCCGCCCUUUCCUCAAUGGCAAGACUGACUUUUGGAAUAAAGUGGUUCCUCGUUUGAUACACUAUAUCGACUCUGGGGUGUUGCCAAGUGACAUGGUGGAAGAUUUGGAAAGAGAUUACUUCAUAUGCCGAAUUGUUGCCGGUGUAUUCAUAACAGCCACUUUCGUGCUGAUCAUCAUACUCAUGAUUCUUAUCUGCCUGAUCCGCCCUAAACGAGCGAACGUGUGAAUUAUAAAAUAGAGCGAUUGGGGUAUAUAUGCAGAUGUAUAUAUGAUUUUUACAAGUUUAUUCCAUGGAAUACUUAUUAUUUAUUUCACGUCGUCAGUUUAUUCAUUAUAGGAAUCAGGGUAGUUUAACAUUAAAAGAGUCAGGCCUGUAUUUAGCGGCUGUAUAAUUCUCGGCAGGUUGGUACACUUACAGACGUCAACGUAAAAUUUCUAUGAAGUAAAUAAAAUCUAAUGUUGGGACCAGUUUCACGUUAUUCCCAAUGGCAGACUCCGACGAGUUAAAGAAUUCCUAACCGCAACAAGAGCGAAUCGUUUCCUGCUGCAGUACUUGUAUAUAAGGCACACAAGUGUUUUAUGGGCACAUGUACAAGGGAAAAAGUGAGCCACUAUACAGGGAAGAAUAGAAGACCAUAUAGCUUUGAUCGGACUUUGUUACAGGCAGGAAGGAGUUUUACGAGUUACAGGAGACACGAUUCCACAUCAGGAGGUGUGACUUCCUGUUCCACUUACUUGGCAAACAGAUAUUGAUGUUAUAAUUACCUGUGCAGAACGUCCUUCAGCAAGUCCACUCUUCUGUCAACAAAUUGGUGAUGUUUUCUGUAGUAAUGAGAAUUCGCGCUUGAAUAUGCCAUCGCCAUAAAUUAAAUCCAGUUGGAUCCAGUUAAAGAAGAUGGAUAUACUUAAAUAGGUACAGCAUAGAGAAUAAAACUAGAGCGGCGACAACAGUCUGAUAGCUGGCAAAUGGUCACACGUGCAUGUAUCCGGUGAAAUACGGCCUCUUCUCAGUUUACCUCAGUCAAAGUUUUAUUCUAACUGUCCAUGUAAAUUUCACAAAUAGUAGCAAUUUACACGCCCCCUAACCCCAUGGCUUAAGGAGAAUUGGGUAAAACAAAAUGCAGUGAGGUUAACUGCAAUUUUAUUAGACCUCAUCAGUCUAGAAAUACUCUAAUGCGAUUAUCGAUACUGUACCCUGCUUAAAUUUGAUAUCCCAACUGUUUAAUGGUUGUAAUUAAUGUUGAAGAAACACACACGUUACCUGACCAAAGCAGUAGAUUAAUGCACAUUAUCACCAGCUCAUAGGUUUGCUUAACAUCAGGAGGACAGGAUGGUAUAUACUUACAACUGCGCAUGAGCACUCAUAAAUCAACAAAUAGGUCCUUAACAGUGUAAAUGUAAAUCUCGCGGCAGAUUUUUUUCUAAAAAUAUUUGUGUAAAUAUACAUAUGUAUAUGUAUAGAAGUGUAUGUGGUUGUAUGUACAGUGCAUUAACUGUGUACAACUUUCUCAUUUUGUAAGUUCUGAUACAUCGGAAAAAUAUGUCGUCUGUUUAUUAGAAUUGUAUGAAGAGGUGUUUAAUAAAGUUACAGUAAAACUUUACGGUGAAAGGAAAAGCGCUCUACCUACAUCAUAUAUGUGAUUAUGAUACCCAGAAAUGAACAGUUCGCAAAGGAAAAAAUAGUAGCGUACAUUAUUCAUGUGGUAUCUUGACAAAGAAUGUUGGAUUCAGUGGUGAAUAUUCUUGUUGAAACCUAAUUUUACGUAAACCCAUGCAGUUUCACAUUCGAACCCACUUCAUGACUAUUGAAUUGUCAAUAUUGCAUAAACAAGAAACAAAGCAAUAUGAGGUUGUGAAAUCAUGUUUUGUUUCUUUAUCUUAAUCGUUUCUCUUUUUCUUCGUAUCUGUCAAGUUUUAGCUCAGCUCAUGAACUGUCAAGGGAGAUAACUCGUUGCCCGAGACUGUACAUUGAGUUUGACAUCAAUUAUUUCUGUAGAAUUCUUAGAAGAAUUACAGUCUAUGAUUGUUUUAGUGUGAGGAUAACUUAUGCCGUAGUUAGAUUAUGGUUAAGGUGUUGGUUAUUAUUUAUAUUCGUGGUAGUAUAAAAUCGGAAAGAAACUGUUUGUGCACUCUUUCUUUCUCUUCUUUGUAAGCACUUUCUAUUCUUAUGUUUAAAUGAAAUACUGUUUCGUAGAGUUUUAUUAGCGAUGUUUAC